UCUAUAACCUAGUUUAUGAUAGGAAAUCAAUUAUCUUUCGGAGGCUAACAAAGCUCACGAAAUUUUAUACUUUUGGAAAACUAGACGUUAAUGUUUUGAAUUAUAUGAGUAAGCUUGGGUUACUUGGGUUAACCUUUUCGAUCCCAUCUUUUCCGUUUUUCUAUUUAUUAUUGCGUAGUGUUAACAUCGACAACGACAGAAAAUCGGAAAAUUGGGUGGACGAAAGAUCUUUCACUUUAGCUUCCCAAUUCAUUGAAAAAUCUAAAAGUAGUUUUGAUUCAUGUAUGAAUUCUAAGGAUGAAAAAACAAUCUUAUACUAGGAUCGAUCAGAAGCAAGUCCUUGUAAAGUAUGGAAGCGAUAUACGGAAGUAGCAGUUUACGGUACGGCUUUCGUAUCAUAUGGAUACAGAAAUUGUAAGUACCUAUAAUAGAAACAGUCAGUAUUUAUUUCAAUUAAGGAUCUAAACAUGACUGCAGGCUUUCUUCCAUUAACCUUACAGUUGUCUGAAUGUUUCACUGAUCGACAUUUUGCAUUUAUUUAAUGGGGUUUGCUCCAUUCAAAUUCAAUGAGCGAAAUUUUUUUAUUAUGUUUUCUUUGCGUCUUUAAAAUAAACAAAAGAAGAAAUAUUGGUAAUUCCUGAUCAAUAGAAGCCGAUUAUUAUGGCUAGCUUCAUCCAGCUCGACAACCCCAAAUACCUGAGAACUAGUUUCUUUACUUCUACUAUCUCCUUGGAGGAUAGGAAAAUUUUUAUAUAAUAUAGUAUUGACACAUAAACAAGUAACUCUUUCCCUACUUCAUAGCUAUCAAGUACAUAGGACUCUGACG